AUGCUUUCACUAACACUUCUAGAAACAACUUAUACAAUUCCAAGAGUUGGAACAUCUUAUCAAUGUUCUAUAUGUAAUAAGCAAUACAAAAGAGAAGCAGCAUACCUUUGGCAUCAACAAACUAUUAUGAUAUAUAAUACUAUACCUAAUGAUUGUUAUACAUUAUCUGUAAAUGCUAUAGAUGAAUUUAGUAAACAAAGUAUUACAUUUCUAUAUAGCAAUAGUUUAUUUUUUGCAGUUUUUGGAAGAUAUAUUCAUUAUUUUAAUUUAAAAAAACAAGAGACAAAAUUUUUUGAUCAUCAUCAAAGAACAUUUGUAUUAACAUAUGAAAGACCUUCAAAUCCUUUAAAAGAAUCUGAUUCUUUAAAAGAACCUGAUUCUUUAGAAGAAACUGAUCCUUUAGACAAAUCUGAUUCUUUAGAAAG